UUUGCUCUAAGUCAGCCAGUCACAGUGGCUGGAGAAGCUGAAGCCGAAGAAGGAGGGGAGGGAAGGGAAGGGAAGGAGAGGAGACAAUAUAACAAGAAGAGAAGAAACUGCUGCUGCACAAAGGAAUUCCAGCACCGGGACGUGGGAUUAUCCUGGCCACGGUGCUUUCUGUGAAGUCUGGGAGUCGUGAGGGUCAUGGCAUCACCCUUGCACAGCAUUCGGCUGCCUCUGGAUGAUGAUCUGCUGUUGAUGCAGAAUGGGUCUGUGCUACGCAAGGUCAAAUCCCGAAGUUGGAAGAAGCAGAGAUACUUCAGACUCCAGGACGAUGGAAUGACUGUUUGGUACGCCCGGCAGGCUGGUGGAAGAACCAAACCCAGCUUCUCCAUUUCAGAUGUGGAGACAGUGCGAGAAGGCCAUGAAUCAGAACUGCUUCGGAGCCUAGCAGAUGAAAUCCCCCUAGAGCAUGGCUUCACAGUUGUUUUCCAUGGGCGCCGCCCCAACCUGGACCUGGUGGCAGGCAGCAUCGAAGAGGCACAGAGCUGGGUGCAAGGACUUCGGCGCCUGCAGGAGAUUAUCACCAGCAUGGACCAGCAAGAGAAGAUGGACCAAUGGCUGAGUGAUUGGUUUCAGCAGGGGGACAAAGACCAAGACGGUAGAAUGAGUUUCCGGGAGGUGCAGCGAUUGCUACGGUUGAUGAAUGUGGACAUGGACCCUGAGCAUGCUCUCCAGCUCUUUCAGGCUGCGGACAAGUCAGAGUCAGGGAUGUUGGAAGGCGAGGAAUUUGUGGAGUUCUAUCGGGCCCUGACCCAGCGCUCAGAGAUCCUGGAGCUGUUUGAAAUCCUCUCAGGGGAUGGCCAGAAGCUGACACUGCUGGAGUUCGCAGAUUUCCUUCGUGAAGAGCAGAAAGAGGGAGACCGCGCUUCUGACCUUGCCUUGGAACUGAUCGCUCGCUAUGAGCCAUCAGACAGCGGUACAUGUGUUUGGGGAGGCGGGGAGGGAAGAGACAAAGAAAGGGAACAGGAUGAUGGUGUGGGAGGCUGGAGAGUGAAGCACCGAUUCACAAGGACUCUCUUAUCUAACCCCAGACUGGCUAGAAAUCCCUGUUCUUGCCCCAGAUCAUGGUAUCUUAUCUCUGGGAGCCAUGAUAGCAUGAAGAAGCCCAGGGGAUCUAGUGGAGUGGAGGAGGGAGGUGUCAUUAGGACCACAGAGGAGGAUGGAAUGAGGAUAAUUAUUAUGAGCAAGGCUGUGUCUGACCUUCUAUGCCUCUUGGGGUUGGAGGGAUCCUGCAGGGCUCUGAAGCGGGGAUGUCGCUGUGUGGAAGUGGAUGUAUGGGAUGGACCCAGUGGGGAACCAAUUGUUUACCACGGACACACUCUGACUUCUCGGAUCCCCUUCCAAGAUGUUGUGGCUACAAUUGCCCAGUAUGCCUUCCAGACAUCAGACUUCCCAGUCAUAGUGUCCCUGGAGAAUCACUGCAGCUGGGAGCAACAAGAGGUCAUUGCCCAGCACCUGACAGAGAUCCUGGGACAGCGACUGCUCAGUACCACCUUGGAUGGGCUCCUGCCCACCCAACUGCCAUCACCAGAGGAGCUUCGAGGGAAGAUUCUCCUGAAGGGGAAGAAGAUAGGAACACUUGAGGAAGAGCUUGGGGAGGCUCCAGAGGACCCUGAGGAACUGGAAGAGCCUGAAGAAGAGGAAGAGCAUGAGCCAGAACUGGAGCCUGAUGUGCUGGACUUUGAUGAGACAGCCCAGAACAAGAAGAGGAAAAAGAAAGUGGGGCUUGAGAAAUCCAAGACCACCCUGUGCCCAGCCCUAUCAUCCCUGGUUGUUUAUCUGAAGAGUGUUCCAUUUCGAAGUUUUGCACACUCAAAGGCUCACUACCGCCUCUAUGAGACAUCGUCCUUCUCUGAGGCAAAGGCCCGGCGCCUGGUCAAGGAGGCCGGGAAUGAAUUUGUACAACACAAUGCGUGGCAGCUGAGUCGAGUGUAUCCCAGUGGCCUGAGGACAGAUUCCUCCAAUUAUAGCCCUCAGGAGCUCUGGAAUGCAGGCUGCCAGAUGGUGGCCCUGAACAUUCAGACUGCAGGGCUGGAGAUGGACCUUUGUGAUGGGCUUUUUGGUCAGAACGGCGGUUGUGGCUACGUGCUGAAGCCAGCGUUUCUGUGUGACCCCCAAAGCUCCUUUCACCCCGAGAGACCACCCAGUCCCACUCUGACUCUCCUCAUUCAGGUGAUCAGUGGGCAGCAGCUACCUAAGGUGGCCAACAGCAAAGAAGGCUCUAUUGUGGAUCCCCUGGUUCGGGUAGAAAUUUAUGGAGUGCCAGGAGAUACAGCCCGGCAGGAGACCAGCUACGUGGAGAACAAUGGUUUUAACCCCUACUGGGGGCAGACACUGCAGUUCCGGGUGCGAGUGCCAGAGCUUGCCCUCCUACGAUUUGUAGUGGAAGAUUAUGACAGGGCAUCAAGAAAUGACUUUGUUGGUCAGUACACAGUGCCUUGGACCUGCGUCCAACAAGGUUAUCGUCACAUACAUCUUCUCUCGAAGGACGGUACGAGUCUCCAUCCUGCUUCCAUUUUUGUGCACAUCCAGAUCCGGGAAGAGCUGGAUGAGGAUGGAGACUGAGCGAGAAGCAUCAGCAGCA